AUGUCUUCCUUCAGCGUCCCCCCUCCCAAUGUCAAGGUGUUGAUAAUCGGUGGUGGUCCAGCCGGGUCGUAUGCCGCCAGUGUUCUGGGACGAGAGGGCAUCUCCUGCACAUUACUAGAAUCAUCCAAAUUUCCACGCUACCACGUUGGCGAAAGUCUCAUCCCCUCCGUGCGCCACUUCAUGCGCUUCAUCGACGCAGACGAGAAACUAGCCAAUGUCGGCUUCAUUCACAAGCCUGGUUCCGCUAUCAAAUUCAAUCAAUUCAAAGGCGAAGGCUACACAGAUUUCAUAGCACUCGGAGCCGAAAAUAGCGCCUACAAUGUGGCGCACCAGGUUCGCUCCGAAUUCGAUCACCUCCUCCUCAAUCAUGCACGGUCUUGCGGAGCGUCAGUUUACGAGCAGACCAAAGUUACUUCGAUCGACUUCGCCGAGAACGAUUCUGGUCGUCCCGUCUCGGUUUCAUGGUCACACGCGCCUCCACCGCCACCGCCCUCGCCUCCAGCAUCGCCAACCACAGCCAAGACUCUUUUCUCCGGUGCUACGGACGCCGGCGCAAUCACAGGAUCUACAACCUUCGACUAUUUAAUUGACGCCAGCGGCCGAGGUGGACUGUUAUCCAACAAAUAUUUCAAGACGCGUCAAUUCAAUAAGGCGUUGAAAAACAUAGCCAUCUGGGGCUAUUGGACGGGCACGGCGAUGUAUGGUGUGGAUUCUCCGAGGGAAGGCGCGCCCUGGUUCGAGGCGUUAACUGAUGAAACCGGCUGGGCUUGGUUCAUUCCUCUCCAUGAUGGAUCCACUUCGGUCGGCGUUGUAAUGGAUCAAAAGGUCUAUGCAGAAAGGAUCAAGAGCCCCGUGCCCAAGCAUUCUUUCCCCAUAUCCGCUGUUCCCGAUGCCACAGAGUCUGUUGCUCUGAGUCACUAUCUGUUCAGCCUAUCCCUGGCACCUGGAGCUCUGGCCCUGAUCACCAAGAAGGGCAAGAUGUCAGCGAAAGGCAUCCAAUCUGCUAGCGACUAUUCAUACACGGCCAAGUCGUACGCGGAUGCCGGCUACCGCAUUGUCGGGGAUGCUGGAGCAUUGACCAUCUGCGCCUCAAUGCGGGGUCACUGCAGUGAGAUCGUCGCUGCUGAUUGGCAUACGAAGCGUGUUUCUACGAGCUACACCCGGUUUCAGGUCGUUGUUCUGAGCGCGUACAAACAAAUCCGGGCUCAAAGCGACGAUGUGCUGUCAGAUGUCAACGAAGCCAACUUUGAUCGUGCUCUGCGGGAGUUACGCCCUAUUGUUCAGGGUGCGGGUGACAUGGGAAAGCAACUUUCUGAGACGGAGCUGCAAAGAUCGCUCGAUUUCUGUCUGAAUAUCUUCAAUCCAACGACUCCAGAGCAGCACGAGCAUGUUGCCAGCAAGCCUCAAAUCUCACCUGCAUUUCUUGACGUCACUGGACCGCUCGUCGAUCCGGAUGUCAUCCACAAAGCUCUGCAUGUCGAACACGCUGCUUUGAAAGAGUCGUCAGCUCCGCCCCCUGCCCGCAGACGACUUACACCACGUGACCGCUCCCACUCUGAGGUCGCGGAAACCACGAUGGUGCUGGCCAAGGUCAACGCGCGUCGGGUCGUACACGCCGAAUAUGCCAUCAACAAUUUCGAGUCCGAACCUAUCGAGGGUCGCGUCGCCAAGCUCCAGAAAGGAAACCUUGGUCUGACUCUGGUCGACACUGUGUCUCACUCCACGGACUAGGUACAUGCGCUGUUCACUUGUUUCAUAUUUUUCGGAACUGCUUUGGAUCGCAAUCUGUAGACGUAGCUGUUUUGUAUACUAGUUUGUAUAAUACCUGAAUUGUAUACACCUCAGUUACCA